AUGGAUCCCAACACAAUGCAAGAUUUGUUGGUAAUGCGUCCUACUGCUGUUCCAACGAAUGACAAAGCUGUUAGGGAUCGCCUUAGACGACUUGGGAAGCCAAUUACCCUGUUUGGAGAACAAGGAAUGGAGAGAAGAUCUAGGUUGAGUAACCUUAUGGGUAUGCUUACUGUGGAAAAACUACUUGAAACUCACGUCGAAGAAGAAGAUGCGGCUCUAAAAGAGCAAGCGUAUGAUCAAGUACCUGUAUACCCUUUUUUUACCGAGGGUCCAAAGGAACUGAGAGAGGCUAGAAUAGAAAUUGCCAAGUUUUCUAUCAAGAGAGCAGCUGUCAGGAAUCAGCGUGCAAAGCGGCAGAGGGAUGAAGAGGCUAAGUUGGCUUUAAAUCAUGCUAGAGACAUGGUCCUGGAGUGCAGUAAUUUUGGAGAGGAUCGUCCUCUUACCGGCUGUUCUUUCUCUCGCGAUGGAAAGAUACUUGCCACAUGUUCUCUGAGUGGAGUUACUAAUUUGUGGGAGAUGCCUCAAGUUACAAACAAGAUUGCUGUCUUGGAGGACAAAAAGGAACGUGCAACUGAUGUAGUGUUCUCCCCUGUUGAUGACUGUCUAGCAACUGCUUCUGCUGAUCGAACUGCAAAGCUGUGGAAAACUGAUGGAACACUAGUACGAACUUUUGAAGCUUCUUGUGGGCUUGAUUCACUCGCACGGGUUUGGGAUCUCCGCACUGGUAGGAGUAUUCUUGUCUUCCAAGGAAAAACCAAACCUCUACUCUCAGUGAACUUCUCUCCUAAUGGUUAUCACUUGGCAUCCGGUGGUGAGGAUAAUCAAUGCCGUAUUUGGGAUCUAAGGAUGAGAGAGUCAUUGUACACUAUAGCAGCUCAUUCUAACCUUGUGUCUCAAGUGAAGUAUGAACCACAAGCAGGUCACUUCUUGGCCACUGCCUCAUACGACAAGAAAGUCAACAUAUGGUCGGGAAGAGAUUUCUCGCUCGUUAAAAGCUUAGCAGGACAUGAGUCAAAAGUCGCCUCUCUCGAUAUCACUCCAGAUAGCUCGUGUAUUGCAACUGUAUCACAUGACCGCACCAUCAAGCUUUGGACGAGAAGUGGAAAUGGCGAAGAUGAAUCAUAA